UGUGGGUGGAGUUCUUCCCGUUAACAACGCUGAGCGACGGGAUAUGGGUGACCGAUGCUGAUAUAACGGUGACUCAGAUCAAGUGCACCCUUAGUAGCAAGAGAAGAAAUGGUAAAAUAGGUUUGGCGCGGCUGGUAGACAAGCAGCUGAGUGCAGAAGCAGAGAAACCUAGGUCAAAUCCGCGGUCCAUCUGCUUUUUAGUAUUUAAGGUCGGCCGAGAGACAUUCGUACAUUUACUAAGAGAGACUUGGUGCGGUUUAAUUUGGGGUUCCCCCUCAGUCUCUUGUCAGCCGUCUAUUGAAGCUUGCCCUGCGCAGGCAGACGGGAAUACCUUGAAAAUGCCUCCCAUCGAUAAUGACACCGGGAAGAACGAACUCAAAUGUCGGAUACAGCAGCUUAUUGACUCCAGUCAAGUGAUGGUUUUCAGUAAAAGCUACUGUCCGUUUUGUAUCAAGGUGAAAGACUUGUUCAAAGAGCUGCAAGUCGAUUGUAAUGUGGUGGAGUUGGAUCUCAUAGAGGAUGGAACGAACUACCAGGAGAUGCUGCUCGAGAUGACCGGACAGAAAACUGUUCCUAAUGUCUUCAUCAACAAGACGCACGUUGGAGGCUGUGACAAUACAAUGAAGGCUCAUAAAGACGGCAGCCUGCAGCAGCUACUGAGCAGUAAUGAAGCUUAUGACUACGACCUGAUCGUCAUCGGAGGAGGCUCGGGGGGCCUGGCCUGCUCAAAGGAAGCUGCUGCAUUGGGGAAGAAGGCCAUGGUACUGGACUAUGUUGUGCCAACACCAAAAGGAACAACCUGGGGUCUCGGUGGAACUUGUGUGAACGUGGGCUGCAUUCCCAAGAAGCUGAUGCACCAGACGGCCGUGCUGGGCACCGCCAUGCAGGACGCCCGCAAGUUCGGCUGGGAGUUUGACGAGACAGUGAAGCACAACUGGGAGACGAUGAAGACGGCGGUGAACAACUACAUUGGCUCGCUGAACUGGGGCUACAGGGUGGCACUGAGAGACAAGAAUGUCAACUAUGUCAAUGCCUAUGCAGAGUUCAUUGAACCACACAAAAUCAAGGCAACAAACAAACGGGGGAAGGAGACCUUUUACACAGCGGCCAAGUUUGUCUUGGCUACAGGCGAGAGGCCGCGCUACCUGGGCAUCCCUGGAGACAAGGAGUACUGUAUCACCAGUGACGACCUCUUCUCGUUGCCCCACUGCCCGGGAAAGACCCUGGUGAUCGGGGCAUCGUACGUGGCUCUGGAGUGCGGUGGAUUCCUGGCCGGCCUGGGUCUCGAUGUCACCAUCAUGGUCCGGUCCAUCCUGCUGAGGGGCUUCGACCAGGACAUGGCCAACCGUGCCGGAGAGCACAUGGAGGAGCACGGUGUCAAGUUCCUCCGCAAAUACGUCCCCGUAAAGGUAGAGGAGCUGGAAGCAGGCACUCCUGGCAAGCUGAAGGUGACAGCCAAGUCCACAGAAACCGAUGAGCUCAUCGAGGGAGAGUACAACACUGUGUUGAUAGCAGUGGGCCGAGACGCAUGCACAGACAAGGUUGGCCUGGACAAGGCAGGGGUCAAAGUCAACCCCAAGAAUGGAAAGAUUUCAGUCAACGAUGAAGAGCAGACCAAUGUUCCCCACAUCUACGCCAUUGGAGACAUUCUGGACGGCAAGUGGGAGCUGACGCCUGUAGCCAUCCAGGCUGGCAAGCUGCUGGCACGACGCCUCUACGGCGGCUCAACGCUUAAGUGCGACUAUGUCAACGUUCCCACCACGGUCUUCACCCCACUGGAGUACGGCUCCUGUGGUCUAUCAGAGGACAGAGCCACUGAGCUCUAUGGGCAGGACAACCUUGAGGUGUUCCACAGUCUGUUCUGGCCUCUGGAGUUCACCGUGCCCGGCAGAGACAACAACAAAUGCUACGCUAAGAUCAUCUGCAAUAAACUGGACAACGAUCGAGUCAUUGGGUUCCACUAUCUGGGUCCAAAUGCUGGAGAGGUGACGCAGGGCUUCGGUGUAGCCAUGAAAUGUGGUGCCACCAAGGAGCAGCUGGACGCCACCAUCGGCAUCCACCCAACCUGUGCUGAGAUCUUCACCACUCUGGAUGUAACCAAGAGCUCUGGGGGAGACAUCACCCAGUCCGGCUGCUGAGGUUAAACCCUGCGCGUUUAGCGGGCUGCUCCCAUAUUAGGCUCUCCUACCAACUCCUCUCAUCUGAGUUUUUAAAGCUCCGCCUCCCCUCCAGCUGCUCCGUGUACCGGGCAGUUGUUUCUCAGGACAAACCUAACACCGUGGCCAGCGUCUGAAUGAUCCUCGAGGCGACUGAAAGAAUCCCGAGCUGAGGCUGUGCAAGUCUCCGGCUCUGGCUGAGGUAGUUUGAUAUGAGGGCAGCCUGCUGAACAGCGGGGUUACUCUGCUGCUAUUUCUCCUGGUCUCCACCAGGUGUGUCCUUCUCAGAGGAGCACAAACACACACACUACUACUGAGAAUGUGUGUGUGUUUGGGCUGUUAGUGACGUCCUGGCCCGUAACCUGAAAUACUCGGGUGGGCAAGGAUCGAUGUCCCUCUGCAGAAGCGCCUGGCGGGGGCCCAAACCCUUCGUCCAACUCCCAACUUCAAACACUUGUCAUCCACCAU